AUGAGUAUGCCUCUACCACCCUCCAUUCCAUCAAUUUUUGCCCACUACCGCUUUCCUCCGUGGCGUGUCAAUUUGUUUCUGUGGCAGUCAAACAGUGACGAUGACGAAGAAGAGGGCGCCGACGUGGACAUACCCACCAGAUUCGAGUUCGACCUUCCGAUCGAGGGAGAUUACAUCGACAUGGACGUGCCACCUUCGACGGUUACAGCCUUGAGGAUGCGCUUUCCCGCCGACAGGAGCUUCGUGUUUAUGGUCGAGUACGGCGACGUCGUAGAGGAGUUCACCAGCGCCGGGGGUCCGAAGACGUGGGAGACGUUCACUCUGGCGACCCCCGCCGAGGUGGAUUACGGCCUUGACAUCGUCGCGGUGACCGGGCCGACGUUCGACCACAUUCCGGACUACCCGGCUCUGAGGGUUGUUGACUUCCAGGUCGUCGGGGAGCUAAGGAAAGAGCCGGGCUACAUUGAUGUGGUGACGACGACGAUCGAGACGUGGGGGGUGGUGCCCGACGUCAUCGGCGAGGGAGUUUCGGAGCAGAAGAACGUGAUGAAGGCGAUUUGCGAAGCCAAGGGAAGCACCUUCGACGGCGUCGACUGCGUCGGCGAGCUGAACGACUCCGAGGUUACGAUUAAGCUACACUUCGGCGACUACUACAUAGACGGGCCGAUAUUCUUGAAGAGCGGGGUGUUCAUCGACGGCGAGUGGCAGGACGAGUACCCCACGUUUUGCUGGCUGGUGCUCUACGAGGGGGACAGCAACACCGUUACCGGCGAGGACGCCAUGGUUGUUGUGGAUGGCGCCACAGGCGCGGAGCUUUACGGUUUGGCGUUCGUCCGCAAGGAGGAACCUACGGGAGACAUCGUGCCCGGAACGGUCGGAAACACCAACUUGGCUGUCAGGAACUCGCAGGACAUCCAAUUCUCAGAAAUGGGGCUCUUCAGUGGCCGAAACGGCGGCGCCACUUUCACGGAUUCCAGGAACAUGAGCGCUUUCAUUUUCUACAAUGGCGAUGAACUCGAGACCGGCAACUACAUGGAGCUCACCCGUGUGGACGAUGUCCAUUUCAGGGCCUUGCCGAACAUGUCCGGAGUGCUCUUCGACACGUGCAACGACAUCGUCUUCGAGGGCGUCGAUGACUUUGCGAUCCCCACCGCGUAUUUCAGCCCCCCGGUCGCCGGGAGCGACCAGACGGCCAACGUCGUGGUCACCGGCGACUCCUCCGGCAUCGUUUUCCAGAACUUCGUUGUGGCCGCCGGCGCUGAACCGCGUAUCCUGGUGGAAUCGACGGAGCCCCUCACCCUAGACAACGUCAUCAGGUACACUGACGCCGAGAUCGGAGACUGCAUCGUGGAGGUCCCAGAGGGAACGGAUGAGGAUUUUGUCGUGCAGGUCAGGACCAACCCUUUUUCCGACACUUCCAGUAUCGACACCAUCAAUCAGCUCUUGGCGAAGUCGGGCACCUGCUGGGUGCUUGAAUAGGUCUCAUUUAUUAUACAUGUAGGUUAUUCGUGUAAAUGCCAAAUUGUGUUUUCUGGAUGACUGAUUGUGUGUGUAGUUUGAACAUGCCCCCAGGCUUGUUGUCAGGCUGCUGCGUGCUUCGUUUAGCUGCUGCCCGCAGGUCCAAGCCCUAGCAACUGCUGUGUGUGGCGUUUUAUCCUGUCCCUUCCGGUCGUCAUGUGUUGCAUCAACGUACGCAUGAUGCACAGCAGUAGAUAGUUUUCCCACUUGCGUGCGUUGGUGCAUACGCAUGUACGCUUCACGUGUUUUCCGCUUGCAGCUCAGAUGCUCAGAAAACGACUGAAAAACGCGAAGUAAACAGUGUCCAGACAGGAAGAAGAGCAUCCGCUACCCGCGGCAUCAUUCGUGACCAAUUGUAGUACAAUUGAACGUGUCGGUCUAGCCGUAAGAUGAGGUGAAGGGUAUUUAACAGGGUCAGCCCGGAUUUCCAUAUCUGCCGACAUCGAAAGACACGGGUGGUCAGAGGUGCAGGUUGUGGCAAGUGGAAUACCAUGUAAAACCUAAAGAGGUUAGGUCGGGAAGACGAGGUUUGUGCUAAACACGUUUAAUUUGUCGUUGCUACAAGCCCGCCCAGUUGGUUUUAUCAGUUCCACUUUCGGCGAUGGUGGUGUUAGCUGCGCACACACGAUGACCUGCCGCCCUUUUCGGCAUGUGACGGGCUACCCGUGUAGCUACACGGAGGGGUUUGGGGGCCUGACUAGCUCAGCGAACGCCCCUCAACUGUACUUUUGGGUGUAUAAUCUACUCUGUAGUGCGCAUGCACGAGUUUGUUGCCAGCUAGGUUGUUGCUGGGGUGGGUCCUUUGCCCAGUAAAGAUCUGAUGACAUGGUGAUAUUUUACACGUCCGGAGAAAGGGAUCGUACGAUUUUGGUCGGUGGGGGGUUGUUGUGCGUGCACACAGCUCUGGGUGCACCACGCAUUUAGCACCGACACGUAUAAGUAGCUUGGCACGUCUACGUAAAUCAAUUUCACCAACAUCGCGCGUGCAUCUUUAGUGCUUGGGUUUUAAAGAUAGAAAGGAAGGCGCAUCUUCACUGACGUCAAAGCACUUGCGAUAGCAAAGCAGAAGGUAGCUCAGAACUGCGAGCGUCAAGGGACAAGUAUUCGUAUGCGGUCAGGAGCAGAAAAUGCAAGCACUUCAGUUGCUGAAGCUUGCUCUGCACGUUUAGUAGUUGUCGUGUGUCAGUACAAGCCCUUUUGCCUACGAAUGUCAGAGCCCUCUGUCGGUACUCGGCGAGUUCGAUGGUAUCGUGUCGCAGCUUUCUUUGCCAGCAACGUAUCUCAGCUUACCAUUGCCCAAUUCGGAUCCCGUGCGAUUGGUUGAUGUAGCUGGAUUUGUCUGAUGCCUUCAAUUCGAGGAUGGAGCAAGUGCUGCGUAAGCGUCCCCGCCCCAUCCUUUAUCUCUGCAUUCUGCAAUCUCCUCUAUUUUCAAGUUUUUGUUGGCAUAAUCCUUGCGGGAGCGGGGGGGGGGGCACGGCGGGCAAACACGUGGCCCUCUUCUCUCCCAAAAUGAUUGUUUUUCGCUGUAAUCGCUCCUUCGUAAGGCGCCUUUCGCAUGGGCUGGGCGAGUGUUUGCGUCUCGUUCUCAGACUUGCGCGCGCUCGGGUUUUGCCGCGGCUUUUGUGAGCAGCAGCACCAAUGGAAAGGGGUGGCUGU